AUGCCAACUCUGGAGACAUCUAACUCUGGAAUCGGCGCGAAUCUCCUGCCUGUGACGGCACAAGGAGACGUAGCAACGUGUGAAAAGACUAAGGGUGCUCAGACCUACGACGUAGAAGACAGUGAAUCUGAGCCGGAACUCGACAAGGAAGCACCUGGUGGAGCAGAAAAGACAGAGUUUGACGCCAUGCAGUCUAUGGUAGAGAGACUCUUUGGAGUAGCUCCCCUCAUCCGAAAGAGCAAUCCCGACUCCUAUGCCGAUACUCCUUUCACAUAUGAGAUCACCCUGGUCGAGAUGCCCCGAAAGUUCUCUUUUCCCAACAUGAAGGCAUACGACGGCACCAGCGAUCCAGAUGAUCAUGUUGCCCAAUACAUACAAAGGAUGCUCGCCGUCGCACUCCCAAAGGAAUCGCGCGAGGCUACCAUGUGCAAGGGAUUCAGCUCAACCUUAACUGGACCCGCCUUGCAAUUGUACAUCAAUCUACCCUCCAGGUCCAUAGCCUCCUUUGCUACCCUUAGCGAUAAGUUCAUGGAACAAUUCGCCAUCAGCAGAGACCUGGAGAAAACCUCUGAUGGUCUAUAUGAAAUCCUCCAGCACCGGGCCGAACCCCUGCGAGGCUAA